AUGCCUCAGCAGAAUCUCAUCGCCAGGAACACGAUCGUAGCUGCGUACGCUUCGGAGGGCGAUUUGGGACUUGCGAGGAUGGUGUUUGAUGCGAUGCCGGAGAAGAAUGUCGUAUCGUGGACGACGAUCGUUAGAGCGUAUGCGCAAAACGGUCAUUUACGUGAGGCAAGGGUGUUGUUUGAAAAGAUGCCUGAGAGGGAUGUCGUGACCUGGAACUCAAUGGUCACAGCCUAUGCUCAGAACGGACUGGUUGAUCAAGCUGUGGAUGUCUUGAAUCAGAUGCCUUGCAGAGAUGUGGUUUCCUGGCACGUUACGAUUCCGGCGUAUUCGCACAACGGGCAUAAUCAGCAGGCCAUCGCGUUGUUUCGAAAGAUGGAUCUUGAAGGCUUGCAACCCAACGAGAUCACCUUCGUUACGAUCUUCGACGCCUGUGCAACGGUCUCGUUGCUCAGAGUCGGGAAGCUGAUCCACGCCGAAGCCGUCCCCGCCGGAUUCAGCGCGUUGGAGCCGGUUUCGACGUCGAUCCUGACAAUGUAUGGGAAGUGCGGCAGUCUGGAGGAGGCUCGUCGGAUCUUCGAUGCGAUGCCUGAAAGACGCACGGUGUCUUGGAGUGCGAUGAUAUCUGCAUAUCCAGAGAGUGGUCAUGGCCUGCUAGCUCUGGAUCUCUUCAAGGAGAUGGGUUUGGAUGGAGUUGAACCGGAUGGAAUCACCUCCAUCGCGGUGCUUUCGUCUUGUUGUCACUGGGAGCUGAAAGACGGGUGGACGUAUUUUGUGAGCUUGAGAAACGACUAUGGUGUUGAUCCCAUGGCUGAGCAUUACAUCUGCAUCGCCGAUCAUCUGGGAAGAGCAGGAAGGCUGGCUGAAGCUCAGGAUUUGAUUCACAACAUGCCCUUCCAUCCUAGUCCCGUUGCUUGGACUCAGCUUCUUAGCGCAUACAAGACUCAUGGGAAUAACCAAACGAAGCUGAAUGCAGAUGAGCUUGCUCAACAAGUACAGAAGUUGGAUGAAACGAACUCGUCCUGUUACGUGCUGCUCUCAAGCACAUACGAAUCUUGA